AUGAAACGUCCCAGCAACGGCCACACAGCUCCCCGUGCUGAUGGAGGCCGAGGUGGAGAUCGAGGUGGUCCACCCGGUUCCCGCACCAUCCACCUGACAGGCCAGCCGUUGAGCGAAUCUGAUCUGAUGUCCGAGCUGCCCAAGAAGAAGUUCACUGGUCGAUGCAGGCUCUUUGUUGGCAACCUGUCGCACGAUUUGAAAGAGGACGAGCUCAAGGAGCUGUUCAGGACGCACGGCGAAGUUGCUGAGUGCUACCUCUCGGGCAAGGGAUUCGCCUUCGUCAACAUGGAUACGCGGGCUCAUGCCGAAAGUGCCAAGGAGGCCCUUGAUGGUACCCAACAUCGCGGUCGUACUUUGCGCCAGCAGCCAAACCCGUUCUCUGGAGGUCCGCCUGGCCCUUUUGGGGUACCCUCGUUGGCGGUGCCGCCUCCGACUCAUCAUCAUCAACAACAACAUCCACAACAUCAACAGCAACAAUUCGCACCACCGCCACAGCAGGGAAACCCCAAUGGUCCACGUCCGAACGUGAUAGAAGGUGUCCAGCGUCUCCUCCAACUAUUCAAGAACGACGAUGGCCGCGGCGCUGAGCCAGGAAAUCAGCAGAACAUGCAGCAAAAUCAUCCCGGUGGUGCUUUCAACGACUAUCAGCCGCGC